ACAGAAGAAAGAGAAAGAAAACCCGUAAGAAAACCCCUCUCAAGGGCACGCUCGUAAUUUCCCUCUAACCUCAGAGGGUACAAACGUAGUUAACAAUCCACACUCCAACGUGGAGCCAAUCACUACCCUUAAUCUUAUCCCCAAAUUCGAAACCCUAAUAAUCAAUUUCAAAAUUUCCGCCUUCUUCUUCAUCUCUCUCUCUCUCUCUUAUCUCUGAGAUAUGGCGUGGUCGUCGGAAACGGCGUCGUAUUGCGGGUGGAACGAGCUGAAUGUGAAGAACGCGAAAGGGAAGACGGAGGUUCAUUAUUACCUCGAGAGGAGAGACGGAUGCGCGGAUCUGGCUGUUGUCGGGAGGUUGAGGAAGAGCUCUUCUUCAAAACGCAUGUCCUUUAGAUACGCCUUGAGAAAGAACCGCUCCGUUUUGAAGAAGCUUAGCUCUUUGGAAGACGUCAAGGAUUGGCUCGAUUCCAUUGUUUCUGGUGAGAUACCUCAUGUAGCAAAUGUACCAGCUACUACUAUGACUGAACAAGCUGCUGGAGGAUUCAAUAUUGGCUCUUUUUUGAAUGGUAAGUCAGAGGAGCUUGUUCACCCUGCCAUAAAUUUCUCCUGGAUGGGUUCUUCUUGGACUUGUAGGAAACGUCGUAAGCAUUAUCCAUCUUUCUCCCGGAAUGGUGUCAGAGUCUCGGUGAAUGAUUUUGUGUAUGUUUUAGCGGAGCAACAUAAGAGGCUCAUUGCAUAUUUGGAAGACCUUUACGAGGAUUCUAAAGGCAACAAGAUGGUCGUGGUACGGUGGUUUCACAAAGCUGAUGAAGUUGGUAUUGUUUCGACCGACGAUGCUAACGACAGAGAGAUUUUCUUUUCUCAUUGUCUUCAAGACAUCAAAAUUGAGUGCAUAGAUGGGUUGGCUUCUGUCCUCUCUCCUCAGCAUUACGAGGAACUUCUCAAGGUGCCAAUCCAUGUUCAGCGAGUACCUUUCUUCUGCCAGAAGUUAUACGGAGAUGAUGGCAUAGAGCCUUAUGACGUUACACAGUUACAAGGUUACUGGAGACAAGAAGGGCUUAGAUACUUGAAUUUUCCCAUUCUAAAGUCAGGUGAAGGUGUCCAGCCACUUGGCACUGAACCAGCGACAGGAGCAUCUCUGGUUGGCUCUGUUGGGAUUAGAUCUAGGAAACGGAGUCGUUCUGCAGAUGACAUCAAAGGUGACUUGGAGGCUUCAGAUGCUUCUAUGUGCAAAGAUGCAGAAGAUGGUUCAUCCAAUCUCAUUAAAAAAGGUUCACUUGUUGAAGUUCUUUCCCAAGAUAGUGGCAUCAGAGGUUGUUGGUUGAUUGCAUUGGUAGUAAAGAAGCACAAGGAUAAGGUUAAGGUACAGUACCAAGACAUUAUGGAUGCAGAAGAUGAAUCAAAAAAGCUAGAGGAGUGGAUUUUGACGUCUCAGGUUGCUGCUAGUGAUCAUACGGGUCUUAGAAUCCCAGGAAGGAAAGUAGUGCGCCCAAAUCUGAAGCUUAGCAAUGAAAGUGAUGUGUGUGCUGUCGAUGUUGGUAUGCCUGUGGACGUGUGGUGGUGUGAUGGAUGGUGGGAAGGCAUCGUGGUGGAGAAAGUUUCAGAAGAGAAAGUUGAAGUUUACCUACCAGGGGAAAAGAAAAUAUCUUCCUUCCAUCGUAGUGAUCUCAGACAAUCUCUGGAAUGGGCGGGAGAUGAGUGGGUUCAGAUGAAAUCAAGAGCUGAUGUCGUCAGUUCUGUCCUAACCCUGAUGAAGAAGAAAGAGGUUGAGGUCAAAUCUGAGGAGAAGCUAUGCGAAGUUGGUGUUGGUGGUGGCGUUACGUCACUACAGGAUGAAGCUAAAGUAACCAUAUCUCUUCCAGUUCCGGAUCUUCUAAAACACGUCUUAGUUUCUAACUUGAAGUGGACAGCAUCUAACAAGCGGAAAAGAACUGUCAGUUCCAUGGGAGAUUCUCUGUUUAGCUCCUCGGCUGUUGGCCCAAGGAAGCGCAACCGUAUAGUCAGUUGCCCUCCGCAUGAUCCUAGCUUGACUGAUGGUUUCUCGUGCGAAAAGUCAUUGAGCUGUGAGAAGGGCGGCAAGUUCAUGGGAGAUUCUGUAUUUGGCUCUUCGGUUGGACAGCAUUUGGCUGGCCUGUUGAUGUCAAGAUGAUGAUUGGGGGAUUGGAGUGUGUACUCGUCUUGUGAGGUACAUAUUACCUAAUGUGCAUCUGCUCAAUGCGGUUUUGGGGUUUUUAGAUCAGUGUGACUCGGGAUUAUAGGGGUUUAGAUCGCCAUGGCAUCCAGAUUCGUUUUGUGUACGUAUGUGUAACAGUAGACAUAGAGCGCUUCAAUACAAGCAGCAAGUUUUGGAUGCAGUAGAGAGUAGGUGGAUAGCAUUUUACCUCACUAGGGGUUUAGACACUAAACAGUGUGUUUUUAGAAUUUCUAUCAUCUUCUUCGUUUAGCAUAGAGAUAAGAUUUGUUUUCUUUCUUGGUGUGGUGGGAUCUUUCUUUUUAUGUAAUAUAUGUAUCAUCAAAUAAAACAUCUCUCUUUUUUUUUUAA